UGGGCUACUUGAAGUCAUGAAACCUUUUUGGCUAACUUUGGCUAUGCUGUUGCUCUUGUCUCAGGUCAUUCCAGGCAGCACUGAAUCAUGCUGGGAUUUUCGUGGCUCCUGCCGUAACAAAUGCACCCGUAACGAAAGCGUGUAUAUUUUCUGCACGAGUGGUAAACUGUGCUGCGUGAAGCCCAAGAACAAGCCACACAUAGUCACUAAAAAGAAUUAGUGCUUUGAAGUCUGUGGCCACAAAAACAAAGAUAAACUUGCCCUGUGU